UAUUUUUAUAAUUUAAUUCGUUUUGUUUGACGGUUGCACUGCAGUUCUAUUCCAAUAAAAUUUUUGAUUAAACAUUAAAUAUAAUAAAAUGAUGAUAGGUGUGCACUUGAACUGAAGAAAGUCUAAAAUAAUGGACUUAUUAUAUUGAUAAAGUUAAGUAGAAACACCUAAAACAUGAAUUUUCAUUCGAAAUUCAGUCCCGAAAGCGCCGGGGUGUAUGAAUUAAUCACAAAGCUUUGUGAAAACACAGCUGCUGAAUAUUGUGUUCAAAGCAGAGUGUCCCAAAAAGCAUUGACUGCAAAACUGCGUUCUCAAGCUUACGAAAUAAUUUUGAAGAGGUCACCCUCAGAAAUUCCAGAAUCGAGUGUGGAUCCUGUAAUAGAUCUAUUAUCUCACUACUUCGUAUCACAACAAACUGCCAAAAAUGUCGCGGAAUACAAAAGAUCGAUUAAACUGAAGGAACUUGUAAACACAAUUCGUUGUAUGGAUUUUGGCGAUAAAACUGAAUAUGUUCACCAAGUACUGAAGUUGUUGAAUUGCUUAAAAAAUUCUGUGCCACAAGAUUUGUCCACUGAAAUGUACCAGAAUCCUUUUUCUUUUGGACUCCUCAAUGAAAUGUUACCAAAACCAAAAAUUGAAGUUUUUGGAUCACCUGAGCCCUAUCCAUACUACCCACAGUAUGUGUUUGAGCUACCUUACUCUGUCAAAUGUUCAGCGUUUACACCAAACUAUACAUCUCAGUGUAACACGGAAGUCACCAUUGAGCUCUUUAAUUCCAGAGGUGCUCACCCUGAAAAUCAGUCACAAAGUGGAACAGUGAAAACAUUAUUCAGUCCAAUGACACUGCCAUCAAUGACGUCUACAGCAUUUUCUCCAUACUGUGACAGUGUGAUGCUUAAUUUUCCUCAUCUGAAAAAUCCACGAGAUAUACAAAUAUCUUGUUCACAAUCGACUGAAACUAAUGCUAAAGUCACAUUAGCAAGUACAGAGAUGGAGACAAAGGAAGUAUUCCAUAAACCAAACACUGUAGAUAUAUGGGAGUUGGCAUCACAAGUUGAUAAAGACAUACCUGAAGAUAUUUGGGACAUUGUUGCCAAAAUGCCCCAAACCAAAGAAAGGCAACUCAUAUCUACAUCCAUCAGAGAAGUAGCUCUAUGGAGAAAGAUUUACAGAAGUGACUUGCAGGAUCUGAGCGUCAUAUCAGAAAAACAGUUCAUAAGGCAUAUAAUGUAUUUAAUAAUUGGAGUAGAAACUGACUCUUUCAAGUUUAACGAAGAGUCGAAGAGUUUUAAUAUGAAAGAUAACUUAGUUUUGGAGGGUAUAUCUAAAGAACAUUUGAAGUCUUAUGUCGCCCCAUUACUUCUUGUUGGAACAUUUUACAAGCGACUUUCUAAUUUCGCUUUUCACCACACUGCAGAAGAUUAUUUUCAUAGUAAGGGACUUGUUUUUGAGGCCGCACGAGAAGUAAUCAGAAGAUAUCUCUUAGAGUUUCGCUUGCUCGCCACUUCCAUAUACGAAGAGAACUGCAGAAGUACGGAAGAUCUCAACACGAUGCCAACAUUGAUCCAAAUCUUGUAUCACAUCAAACCGCUUCAGUAUGAAAUAGAAACUAUCGCUUCUAUUUAUAAAGUGCUUGACAUAGAUUCGACGUCGAUACCAUUUGGCGCAGAGCUGAUGUCGUAUUUGUUUAAUGAGAUUUCCCUCGUGACACACAAGAGGACGGCACAGAUUCUGUACAACUCCUUGUUUUACAUAUGCAGUGUCUAUUUCAAAUUUAUCGAAAGAUUUAUAUUUGAAGGCGAGAUAGACGACAAUUAUGGCGAAUUCUUUAUACGGAAGGACGCCUCAUUUGUGAACUCCCGUUCCAAAAGAUAUUGGGACAAAGGUUUUCACAUCACCUGCGGUGUUGCUAUUCCGGAUUUUUUGAGACAAUUGACCUCUAUUAUAUUGCUUUGCGGGAAAUCGUUCCGGCUACUGAAACAUUGUAACCCUAGUGAUCCGUUAGUACUUCUCAUAUCAUCAGACCAUCCAUCCGUACGUUGCUGUGCCAGUUUUGAUGAGCUCGAACAACAACAGCAGUUGUUGGACGUUUAUCGGACGAGGUGCUUGUUUGUGACCGGUGAACUGGUCACUUUCGAGCAAAUUCUUUUGAAGCGGGAAGCGGAAAGGAAGGCUUUCACGGAAAUGGCCUCGUUGAAACAAGCUGAAACUAUGGAGAAGAUUGUUGCUGAAAGAAAAAGGUUAGCACAACUCAUUAUAGCAGAGAAGCAACAUUCUUUAAGAGUGUUAGAAGCAGCCAUGGCUGAAGCUAAAGCCGCUAAGAUUAAAGCUAAAAAACGGGAGAAAAAGAUUUGUGAACUAGAAAAAGCUGUUGAAAAAGCCACUGAAGAAGUUGAUUCUAAAUUAAAAGACGAUGAAAGGAGCAAAAUGAUGGAAUAUUAUUCAAAAUUAAAUGUGGAGGUAGAAAAAAGUAAAAUACACACCGAAUGGAAAAUUAAACGUUUACAAUUAGAUCAAACACGAAUGCAACUACUGUCGACAGAAGAAAGAAAUUUAAAGCGAGAAAAGCUGGAGUUGGAACAUCAACGCAAUGAAUCUGUAAUGGCAAUGUCAAUUCAGAGUGAUUUUAAAUCAGAGGAUGAUGUAGAUAACCUUGAUAACAACAAUGGUGAUGUCGAAGGUAACUCUAAAACAACAGAUUCCACGCCUUCUAUUGAAGUAAUUGAAGAGUCCGAAUGUCCUGAUGUUUCUGAACAGAUAAAAAAUAAACAAAAAGCACAAACAUCGUCCGAUGUGUUCAAUGCCAUAUGUAAUGUCGCCAAAAGCUUCUUUGGUGUUUCGAAAUCUAAACCCGAAAAUCCUUGUGAUAAUGAGAUUGAGGUCGAUGCACAAGGAAAUGUUGUCACCACAGAAACUAAUCCUAAGGAUACAGGAACAUCCAGUAAUAUUAUUGGAGCCCAGUUAGAUAAUACCUUUGAUAAUCUACAAUUUUUGGAAAGAAACCAAGAGGCUUUAAAGAACAAACAAAAAGUGUUGUCUCAUGAGUUUGGACAAACUGACACUGAGAAUAAUCGGAUAAGAAAUCCUACAUUAAAACAAUCAUCGCUAGAUGAAGAAAAUAAUAUUGAAGAGGAAUGGUCACCUUACGUCGAAGCUAAAAAGAACAGACAGAAAGUUUUAGACGUUGAAUUUGAUAUAGUCACACAAGAUAAGAUAGUCACAGAACCUAGAACUGAGGCACAAAAAGAAGCUUUGAUCAAUAAACAAAAAGUUCUAGGCGUCGAAUACAAUAUACCAGCUUUAAAAGUUACAACUAAAGAGCCAGUUAAUAUUGCUCAAGAGGAAGCUAUACGGAAUAGGAGUAAAGUUUUGGGCUCAGAAUAUGAAGAUCGUUUGAAUUCAACGAAGAAGUAUGACUCGGCAAGAAAAUCUGGUUUGCGGUUAAACUUGAAACCUUACAGUGAAAGUUCGUUGAAUUUGCAAAAUCUCGCAGUCACUCCGAACCCUGGAGCGAUAACUCCAGGAGAAAUGUAUUCAACGCUCGAUCUAGAAACACCAACAACCGCUGAGAUACCAUUGGACUGCGGCAUGACGAGCGAUGUGUUCACACCGCGCAGUGAAGGAGGCAAAGAUCUUGAGUCUGGCAAAGUUAAACCAGACAAAGAGUUUCUAACCUCAAACGGUUUUAACUUCUCAAUAAUAGUCGAUGAGACAGCUGAAUCUGAAGUCAUUAAUGACGUCCAAAAUGACAUUAGUCCAGAAAAUUCACCUUCUAAAAGCGUUGAUUCAUCCGAUAUACCAAUAUUUAGCAAAAGAACUUCCAUAUUCAACAUUAUAGAUGGAUCAUAUAAUUUAGAAUCAUUCGAUCCGUUCGGGGUGAAACAUUUGCAAAAUUACUCUAAGGAUUACUUUACUAAUAAGUUAAAUGAUGAGGAUUCUUUUUAUACCCAUCCAGCGAUUAUUAUGGAAGAAGUUAAGAAAAGACCUUACAAUAAUAUAUUCGCAUCGCAUCGUGAUAUAGAAAAAGAUGAGAAUAUUUGUUGGGAGAAUAAGGCAACACUGACGGCGUGUUUACAAAGAUCGGUAAUGUUGCCACUCACAUAUCAACUGGAAGUUGUGAAUAAUUCAAUAUUAACUCAUUUUCUGGUAAAUUUGGACCUGUAUGAACAUUUGAGGAGUUUGAAGGAUUACUUCUUUCUGAUGGAUGGAGAGUUUUCUAGAAGCAUUUGUCACAAUUUGUUCACGAAGUUGACGAAAACGCUAAACCCUCAGGAGUUGUUGAAUUUUGCAACUUUGCACAAUAUUUUGGAUAAGGCACUGGGAUCGUCAAUAUCACACGUUCACAAAUUUUCGGAAAACCUCUCUUUCACCAUAACCGAGUCGCCACUCAGCUUCCAACACAGUUCGCCGGACGUCCUGCAAUGUCUGUCGCUUACGUACAGCGUCAGCUGGCCCUUGAACAUUAUCCUGUCACAGGAAGCAUUGCUGAGAUAUGCUAAAGUAUUCCAGUUUUUAGUUAAAAUGAGACGGAUAUUUUGGGUGCUGAGCGAAGAUUUCGAGUCCUUAAAACUAACGGCGAAAUUAUCAAAGCACCAUUCUCGAAAGCUUUUGAAAUCACCGCAAUACAUAUCAGUGCAGAUAUAUCGACACGUGAUAGCGUCGUUGAUAAGGGCUUUGGACAAUUACAUAGUCACGACUUGUAUUUUGACGUCCUGGAUGGAAUUCGAGAAGGAUCUGAAGAAAGCCAGAACACUCGACGACUUGUACGAAUGCCACGUGGUUUACAUCAAGAAGGUUCUCUUCAGGUGUCUCCUGAAUAAAAGGUCGAUGCCUGUAAACAGGAUCCUGAAUGAUAUCUUCACUAUGGCGCUGAAGUUCAGCCGGGUUUUGAAAGCUGGCGAAUGGCAACAAAAGGAGCCCAACGGUUUCUUCACCCACACAAGUUUCGCUCAGCUGCAGGAGUUGUACCACUUGUUCGAGAAGAUUGCGAAGUAUCUUCACAAGGUGAUCACGAGGUUGAUGGAGUUUGGGUAUCAGCGGCAUUUGGUGGAGCUGCUUACAAUGGUGAACCUCAAUGGGUAUUACGAUCCGGAGAAAUCUAAAGAAGACACUAACACCAGUGUACAGUCGACGUGAAAGUGCCUUUGACGACCCCUGGCGCAGGGGUCGUGCAUUAUGGUCCGAUUUGUUUGUUAGCAUUUGACGACCCCUGGCGCAGGGGUCGUGCAUUAUGGUUCGAUUUGGUUAUUAGCCUUUGACGCAGGGGUCGUGGAUUGUGGUUCCUUUUACAUAUUGGGUUUGCACAACAUUAUGUUGCUUUUAAGGGUUAUGGGGUUUUUAGUAGAGAUCCUCUAGUAAAGUAAUACUGCCACAAUAGGGUAGUUAACUCAUAUCAAAUUUAAUAUAAGCAAUAUUAAUUUCGUAUAAUACAUGGAAUAAGGGUCCGAAAUAUAUCGAUAUUAAUUAAUAAAAGUUAAGGAUUUCAUAGAAAACAUUAUUUAAAAAUUGUGUAUUUUUUAUAUUCUUCCAAACAUCAAGUCACACAGUCAAAGGCCCAAAGUCAAAUUCGAGUCUAUAAGGCUUGCUUGAUUUUUUUCGUAAGUACUCCUAACAUAAAUGAACUUUUCGUCCAUUUGUGAAACAUGAAAGGGAAAUAUUGGUAAUGAUUCCAAUAACAUUUUACUAAAAAGUAAUAAAAUAUGAUGUCUUAAUUAAAUUUUAUAAAGAGCAAAACUAACGGUAAGAAUAUAUUAAUAUUAUUCUUGUGUUAUUGUUAAUAUUGUUCUCUUUAUGUUUUCGACUAAUUAAUUUGUUUAUUAAAUAAUGUAUGUUAAAUAAAUACUCACUAGUUAUAUUAAUUAUUAUUUGAUUAUUAAAAAUAUUAUCAUGUUUUCCUAUUAUUAAUCUGUCUAAUCUAAAGGAUAGUGAUAUUUUUCCCACGAAUAUUAUAGCAACACUGUUUAUAGUUUGUAAAGUAAAGUAGGCAUUUUUCCUUGUGGGCGUUUGCAUUAAAAAAUAUGGCAACGUAUAUUUGAACACAUAAGUACGUUCCGAAAAUCAAUAUAGUAAAUCUGUUCCAGGAUGUUUGGUUUCAAUGUAGUUAUAAAAUAAGAGACCAAGCAUGUAUAAACUAAAUUCGUUCAUUUUUAGGCCGGCUACAUACACUCGUUUUCCUAAUGCGUUAUUUUGAUUUGGAAUUCCGUGAGACUAUCGCAGGCUUUACGUUUUUCUACAUUCGGAAUGUAUAUUAACGCAAGGUCUCGCAUUCGUUACGUACGCGCGGAAUAUUUUUCGUUCGGAAAAAAGCAGACGCACGCGACUUUGUCCGCUAGUACAAAAUUCAGGCUUGGAAUUCAGUUUAUCACAAAUGGAAUCAAAAAAACCAUGGAUUUUCCGGGAUCAAAAGAUCAGCAUUAAUUCAGAAAAUCUAUAUCCAUUCCAAAUUUCAGCCAAAUCGCUUCAAUAGCCGUAGCGCAAAAGAGUGACAAACAUACACAGUUACACACAAACUUUUGCCUUUUUAAUAUUAGUGAUUGAUUUCAUGUCAAAAGGGAUACGGAAACGAAAAAUGGAAAACGAAUGUAUGUGGCCGGCCUUACGGUCUAACCCGCUGUCAAACGCUUGUUCGAACAUAUUGUAAAAUCACAGAUUAACAAUAUUGUAAAAUUACAGACUUCCAAUAUUGUAAAAUCACAGACUUCCAAUAUUGUAAAAUAACAGACUUCCAAAAGUCGACAAACUGUAAACUAUAAACAAAACAAACAGUAAACGUAAUACAUACAUAUUUGUAAUGUGAUUGUGAUCGGGGAUAUUAUCAUCUCCCUAGAUCUAGAAUAUGAUAAAAUUCUAUUAACUUUUCUAGAGCGCAACUGUCCAGUGUCGUAAAAGUACAAAAUAAAUGAGUCAUAUUUUUUUUUAAACAGUUACAUUUAAAUUUAAAUAAAUUAUAUCGCACAUUACCUUCCGCAAGAAUCGCUGUCGUGCUUUUAACUUUGAAAAAAAAAAUGGCGUGGACGUUCGGAAAUUUUAUAAGUCUUGUCACUUUGACUUAACUUUGAUUAAUAAAUAAAUGUUUCGUCUAUUGUUGUCUAACUUCAUUAAUAUUAUUAUACUACGAAAGAGAGUUUGAAUUUCGUUAUAUUUUACGCUGUGUAACAGUUUAACAUGAAGCGAUUUUGUUUACAUUUGAAUAUUUUUUUAGCCUAAUUAAUGUUAAUUGAAUACUUAGUUGUUUAAUUAGUUUGUUUGCCAUGUAUUGAUGAUUAAGUAGUUACUUAUUAAUUAUUGAUUGUAGGUAUGUUUGUGAAUUUAAUUAAAAGUUAAUUGUUUUGUAAAGAAGCCUAAAUGUUUUGUAUGUUUGUCUUUUUUAUUCUUUUUAAAAUAAACGUUAAAACUAUA